AUGGACAUUGACGUGAUGGAUAUUGAUGAGAUUGAGGCUGCUGGGCAGAUCGAUCUGUCUGACCUAGGAGAAAGUUUUCUCCAGAAUUUCUGCAAAAAAGCAGCAACAUCCUUCUUUGAAGAGUAUGGACUUAUAAGCCAUCAGCUCAACUCCUACAACUUCUUCAUUAAACACGGGCUUCAGAGCGUGUUUGAGUCCUUUGGUGAGAUGCUCGUGGAGCCGUCUUUUGAUCCAACAAAGAACAAGGAUCAUGAUUGGAGAUACGCAACGGUGAAGUUCGGAGAAGUCACUGUCGAGAAGCCCACAUUCUUUACGGAUGACAAAGAGCUUGAGUUUCUCCCAUGGCAUGCCAGGCUUCAGAACAUGACAUACUCAGCUAGGAUGAAAGUAAAUGUCCAAGUUGAGGUGUUCACAAAAAAGGUUGUUAAAAGUGACAAAUUCAAGACGGGACAAGACGAAUAUGUUGAGAAGAAGAUAUUAGAUGUCAAAAAGCAGGACAUUCCAAUUGGUAGGAUACCCGUGAUGGUGAAAUCUAUACUUUGCCAAACAGGGGAGAAAGGAAAGAACGGGGACAACUACAAAAAGGGGGAGUGUGCCUUUGACCAGGGUGGAUAUUUUGUUAUUAAGGGGGCUGAGAAGGUUUUUAUAGCUCAGGAACAGAUGUGCACAAAGAGACUAUGGAUUUCUAGUUCACCAUGGACAGUCUCCUACAGGUCCGAGACUAAAAGAAAUAGAUUCAUCGUGCGCCUCGCAGAGAAUCAGAAAUCAGAAGAUUAUAAGAGAAGGGAGAAAGUACUGACCGUGUACUUCUUGUCGACUGAGAUCCCAGUCUGGGUACUGUUCUUUGCGCUGGGUGUGUCAUCAGACAAAGAGGUCCAUGAUCUAAUUGCUUUUGAUGGUGAGGAUGCAAGCAUUAACAACAGUCUCAAAGCUUCUAUCCGCGAGGCGGAUGCAGUUGACAAAGAUUUUCGCAAAGGGAGCAGUGCUCUAGCAUAUGUCGAAAAGCUGAUACAAAGCACAAAAUUCCCACCUGGCGAAAGUGUGGAUGACUGCCUACGACUGUAUUUGUUUCCAGGCCUCAAGGGUUUGAAGCAGAAAGCAAGAUUCCUGGGCUACAUGGUGAAGUGCCUUUUGAGUGCGUUUGCUGGGAAAAGAAAAUGUGAGAAUAGAGACAGCUUCAGGAACAAGAGAAUUGAGCUAGCUGGAGAAUUGUUGGAGAGGGAGAUAAGGGUGCACCUCGCACACGCUAGAAAAACCAUGACCAAGGCCAUGCAGAGACAUCUCACAGGCGAUGGCGAUUUGAAGCCUGUUGAGCAUUAUUUGGAUGCUUCCAUUAUCACAAAUGGGCUUAGUAGAGCCUUCUCCACUGGAGCAUGGUCUCAUCCUUUCAGGAAGAUGGAAAGGGUUUCAGGUGUUGUAGCCAAUCUGGGUCGUGCAAAUCCGUUGCAGACUCUGAUUGAUCUGAGGAGAACGCGACAGCAAGUCUUGUAUACCGGCAAGGUUGGAGAUGCAAGAUAUCCGCAUCCCUCUCACUGGGGUAGAGUAUGCUUUCUGUCAACUCCGGAUGGUGAGAAUUGUGGUCUUGUGAAGAACAUGUCUCUCCUUGGACUGGUCAGCACUCAAGUUUUGGAGCCUGUGGUUGAAAAACUAUAUGCUUGUGGAAUGGAGGAGCUGGUGGACGAUACAAGCACACCACUGUCUGGCAAACAUAAAGUUCUUCUCAAUGGAGACUGGGUUGGAUUAUGUUCAGACUUUGAGUCCUUUGUCGCGGAGGUAAAAAGCAGCCGGCGUCAAACUGAAUUACCUCGUCAGAUUGAAAUCAAGCACGAUAAAGAUGAAAAUGAGGUGAGGAUUUUCACUGAUGCUGGUAGACUACUCCGACCUCUCUUGGUUGUAGAAAAUCUCCACAAGCUGAAGCAAGACAAACCUUCACAUUACACCUUUGAGCAUCUUCUUGACCAAGGGAUUCUCGAGCUAAUCGGUAUUGAGGAAGAAGAAGACUGUACCACAGCAUGGGGAAUCAAGCAGCUUCUGAAGGAACCUACCAAUUAUACCCACUGCGAAUUGGACCUGUCCUUCCUGUUGGGUGUGAGCUGUGCAAUUGUCCCAUUUGCCAACCAUGAUCAUGGUAGGAGAGUCCUCUACCAGUCCCAGAAGCACUGUCAACAAGCCAUUGGGUUUUCAUCAACGAACCCUAACAUCCGCUGUGAUACGCUGACCCAGCAGCUGUUCUAUCCCCAGAAGCCACUUUUCAAGACAUUGGCAUCGGAAUGUCUUCAGAAAGAAGUGCUGUUUAAUGGCCAGAAUGCAAUAGUUGCUGUGAAUGUUCAUCUUGGGUACAACCAAGAGGAUUCCAUUGUGAUGAACAAGGCUUCACUGGAGCGUGGUAUGUUCCGUUCUGAGCAGAUUCGGAGCUUCAAAGCCGAGGUUGACAGCAACGACUCAGAGAAGCGGAAGAAGAUGGAUGAGCUUGUUCAGUUCGGGAAAACUCACAGUAAAAUAGGCAGAGUAGACAGCCUUGAUGAUGAUGGGUUUCCUUUUAUUGGUGCUAAUAUGCACAGUGGCGAUAUUGUCAUUGGCAGAUGUACAGAGUCUGGGACUGAUCACAGUGUAAAACUCAAGCAUACCGAAAGAGGGAUUGUGCAAAAAGUGGUAUUAUCAUCUAAUGAUGAUGGGAAGAAUUUUGCUGCGGUUUCUCUGAGACAGGUUCGUUCUCCAUGCCUCGGAGAUAAAUUUUCUAGUAUGCAUGGGCAGAAGGGUGUUUUAGGCUAUCUAGAGGAACAGGAGAAUUUUCCUUUCACGAUCCAAGGCAUAGUUCCUGAUAUAGUGAUAAACCCGCACGCUUUCCCUUCUAGGCAAACACCGGGCCAACUCUUGGAGGCUGCUCUCUCCAAAGGAAUAGCUUGUCCUAUCCAAAAGAAGAAGGGAAGCUCUGAUGCAUACACCAAAUUGACUCGACAUGCCACUCCUUUCUCCACUCCGAGUGUCAAUGAAAUCACCGAGCAGCUUCACAGGGCUGGCUUUUCAAGAUGGGGAAACGAAAGGGUCUACAACGGUAGAUCAGGAGAGAUGAUGCGUUCACUCAUAUUCAUGGGGCCAACUUUCUACCAGCGGCUUGUCCACAUGUCAGAGGACAAAGUCAAAUUCAGGAACACCGGACCAGUUCACCCGCUCACACGCCAACCAGUUGCAGACAGAAAGAGGUUUGGUGGAAUAAAGUUUGGAGAAAUGGAGCGAGACUGCCUUAUAGCUCACGGUGCUUCAGCCAAUUUGCACGAGCGUCUCUUCACGCUAAGCGAUUCAUCGCAGAUGCACAUCUGCAGGAAAUGUCAAACCGUUGCGAAUGUGAUCGAGAGGACAGUAAGCAGUGGAAGAAAGAUCAGAGGACCUUACUGUAGACUGUGCGAAUCUUCGGACCAUGUGGUUAGAGUUUAUGUGCCUUACGGAGCUAAACUUCUGUGUCAGGAGCUGUUCAGUAUGGGAAUCACUCUCAACUUCGACACCAGGCUCUGCUGA